AGGGGAACCAAAAAAAUUUUGUGGUCACAAAAUUCGCAAAUUGCAGUGAUUGUCCCAAAAGUCCUCUAAGCUUUUGCAAACUCGGGAAAAGGCGAGAAACGAAUAUGGCGCAAGAAAAAGAACCACAUGCUGAUUUUGUGCAUGAAAUCGCUAUCGACUUUUCACGCGCACUAAAUCUCACCAACCCGAACGAUCUUUUAGCGAAACGAGUUGUCCAAAUCGCCAAGAAUGACAGGAAUUUUGAGAAAUUCGCAGCAGCUUGUCAAACUUUUGGAAGAUUCAACUCUGAAUUUUUGCAGAACAUCUACACGAAGAUCAGCGACUAUUUCCAAUCUCAAAAACAAAGCUCGGCUGGCUCACAGAAAGCUGUGGUAUCCGAUGGCACCAAAAGCGAAGUCUUGAUGUUAGGCAACAACCUCCCGGGCGGCCUUAUCGUUCGAAACAAAUCGUCAAGCUCGGCUGAAGAACGACCGAUCUUCAAGGCUCCGCCAGCGCGAGGAUCACUACUCGGUUUGGAUGAAUUAGCGCGCAAGAAACGUCUGGCAGAAGCGGCCAAGGAAGCAGAAUCUGCAGCUUCUCAAAAAGAGAAGUAUGCCGAAAAGAAAGUAAAGUUGGAUUCCACAUCGAAUUGGGAUGAUGACUCUUCUACCGUGGACGAUGCGGAGAACAUUACGAAGCACCGUGGUCAUUAUCGGUCUCAACGCAUGGAAACGCCGUCUAACCCUGGUGGUAUUUCGGAAGUGGCCCUCAAGCGUAUGGAAAAUAUGAAACGCAAAGAAAGAUCAAGAGGUGGUGCGGUUUAUGGUUCCACAAAGGAUGACAUGGAUAGUCAGCGUCGAUCCAGAGGUGAUCGCCAUUCGUCGUCCUCAUCGCAUCGUCGCCUUGAUCGUGAUGACGGCAGUAGGAAUGAUGAAAGAAGAUCUUUAAAAAAGGAGAGUCAGGAGAUCAGCCCCCAGCAAGAUCCUUCGAUGACCCCUCGUCGUGGCGGCUUGAUCAAACGCAGCCAAUGGGCUAGUAUGACUCCCAGAGAAGAUGCAGGAUCGUUCACGCCUCGGUUAUCCACAGGAGGAAUGACGCCAAGGCGUGCUACAGGCAGUACACGCGGUGAUUUGGACUUUAUGACUCCGGCUGUGAGAUCGACAGCUUAUGACGAAGUAGCUUUGGAAUACCCGGAGGAAUAUCCCGGAGAUGAUGACGAUCGUCAGCGUUGGGAAGAGGAACAGGCGCAGUUGGACCGGGAUUGGUAUCAUAUGGAAGAAUCUGGAGCCAUGGACGAAACACACAACCCAUUUGCCGAGUAUGAGACGCAUGAUAAGCAAAAAGAGGAAGAAUUGGCUCAAAAACAACUCAAAAAAUUGUCUGCUCGUCAAGCUCAGUAUAACCGUGACACCGACAUGUGGGAAGCUAGUCGAAUGUUGAGUAGUGGUGUUGCUCAGAGGCGCGAAGUGGAUACCGACUUUGAGGAAGAUAACGAGAAUCGUGUUCAUGUGCUCGUGCAUGAUAUCAAACCACCUUUCCUUGACGGACGGAUGGUGUUCACAAAACAAUUGGAAGCUGUACAGCACGUUCGAGAUCCUACAUCUGAUUUGGCUAUCAUUUCGAGGAAGGGGAGCCGGCUAGUUAAAGAGAAGCGAGAGCAAUCAGAACGAGCAAAAGCGACAAAGCUUGAUAUUGCAGGCACGGUAUUGGGUAAUCUUAUGGGCGUUAAAAAUAAACCAACAGAAGAUGACCAAUCGGAGGACGGUUCCCGAGGAGACUCGAAAUUUGCUGAACAUUUGAAAUCCUCGGAAGCGGUCAGUGAAUUUGCGCGAACAAGAACCAUGCGAGAACAACGAGAAUUUUUGCCUGUAUUUGCCGUUCGCGAAGAACUUUUGAAAGUUGUACGUGACAACCAAGUGGUCAUUAUUGUUGGUGAAACUGGUUCUGGUAAAACCACUCAAUUGACGCAGUAUCUUCACGAAGAUGGAUAUACGACCUAUGGCAAAGUCAGCUGUACCCAGCCUCGACGUGUGGCUGCAAUGUCGGUGGCUAAGCGUGUAGCAGAGGAAAUGGGGACAAAAUUAGGCGACCUUGUGGGUUACACGAUUCGUUUCGAAGAUCAAACGUCCGAAAACACCGUCAUCCGAUAUAUGACCGAUGGUAUUCUUUUGCGCGAGUCGAUGAACUCUCCGGAUUUAGACCAAUACAGUGCCAUCAUUAUGGAUGAAGCGCAUGAACGUGCUUUAAACACCGACGUCCUGAUGGGACUUUUAAAGAAAGUGCUGGCCCGCCGACGAGAUCUGAAACUCAUUGUCACGUCGGCUACAAUGAAUGCCGAAAGGGUCGUACAUUUCCUGUCGAUGUCAACUUCAGCAAAACACCUUGUGAAGAUUAUGUGGACAGCGCUGUCAAGCAAACAUUGCAAAUUCAUUUGUCACAACCUGCGGGCGAUGUACUAAUUUUUAUGACUGGUCAAGAAGACAUUGAAAUUACAUGCCAAGUAUUGAAGGAACGCAUGGAGCAACUUGAUUCUCCGCCUCCAUUGGCCAUUUUACCGAUCUAUUCCCAGUUGCCUGCUGAUCUACAAGCGAAAAUUU